AUGGGCCAGGCAAUCGUUCAAAUUUCUCGCUUGAUAUUACUUUCAGCUCGUCAGCUUCCUAUGGUAAGCCCUGUUGGGAGACGGUAUUUCUACCUUACAGAACAGAGAGAUAUACCCUGCAACUGCACUGCACUUCAAACUCCUGCAUGGAACUGGCACGAUAUAGAGGAGCAACAGUAUGCAUUCCUGGAGCUUGAAGAUAUGGGGAAGCUUCCAAAAAUCAUGAAAGGAUUAGUAAAUAUGGCAGGAUGGGCUGUGCAAUCGUCUUCCAAAGAGAAAUGUAGUGGUUUUGAUUGGGCAUGUGCCCUAUACGCUGAAUCGCUAUGGCCAACCGAUUUGAAUGUCAAUCCUAACAUUUCCCAUGAACCCUUGAUUGGCUUGGCUCAAGCAGGUUCGGCUGUCAUGUCUUCCGUACAACUGGUUUGUCAAAAUCCAAUAGUGGAUGAUGAAUAUGGAGAGACUGUCGAGGCAUUCGUCAGCAUUUCAUUGCUCAGGCCAAGUGGACCUACCAGAUAUGUUAUCCGAUGGAGACAGCGAAGCCAACUCUUAGGGAACAGAGACGAAGCCCAGUGGAUCACGGCUUCAGUUGAACCCGGUACUUUCUUCAAAGUGAGAGGAUUGAUUCCCGGCGUGCAGUACAGUUUCAUGGUGACCGCUGUAGGACCCAGUGGCCGUCUCGGCAACACUAUUACUAGUCCUUGGACAGAGAUUUUAAGCAGUGCCACGGUUAAAGCACCAACACCACCACUGACACUGAAAAACGGUUACAACACAGAUCGCGGGGUUAUAGCUCAGCUGGAAUGGCCAAGGACCCCGCAAGAUUCGUGUUACUACAAGCUCCAGCUCAGCAACAGUUCAUCUCAAACCAACCGGGAUGUUGAGCUGGUAAGUUUUUAG